UAUAUAAGCGGAAUAUUUACUGUUUAAGUAAACUCACAAUAACAAUUGCGUAACGGGUUUACUAAUCACUAAAUAUUACUCGCAAUAUUUACUAUUGUCACGUUGUUGGCAGUACUAGCUCAUACUUUGUGAUUGCAUUUCAUUAUCGUUUAUAUUGUGUGAGAAGUUCAUUAACGAAUAGGACGACAUUAUCGGUUAACCAAACCAUUUCAAAUAACAGCAACAUUCUCACUCUCCUAUUUUACCUUGUGGUGGCUUAUAGUAUCGUCUAGUUUUACAUUACUUUAUUUGCUUUAGUUUAUGGGGAUAUGGUUUCAUUAUCAAAGAAAAGAUCUCAAAAGAAGAAUGGUAGUAGCAAUCUCCUCUUGCAGGAUACUUCGGCAAUUUCAUUACCUGCUAUUGAUUCUAUUCAUACUGUGAAUAAAUCUAGAACAAGAGGUAGAUCCAAUUCAACCGGUACUCCGGGUCUUGUAUUAACCAAUAAGCUGAAUACAUUAAGUCCCGUGUAUGGUAAGGUGGUUAAUAGAUCCAGAUCUAAUUCAUUUAAAACAGCUGGCAGUAGUUCAACUCCUUCCAAUCCCAAUCAGAACCCAAUUUCUACUCCACAUUCCACAUCUAAUUCCAAUCCCAAUUCUAAACGUCAGAGUAUAAUCUCGCGAUAUUCAAUGAAUAGUCCGAUAACACCUUCACCUCCUGUUCAAUUCAAUCCUGAAGUUGAUGAAUUAUCACCCGUUAAUAAUAAUGAACAUGAACUUGAAUUAGAACAUCCAGAACCUAAAUCAAGUGGAUUAAUAUCAUCUAUUUUAUCGGUAGCUCAAAAUGUCGUAGCAGCUUAUGAAGGUAAUCCUAAUAAAUCCACUAGUCAAUCAAUUAAAAGAGAAUCUCGAUUAAGUGGUGAACAUAUACGACCAAUAUCAUCUAAUAGUUCAAGUAAGAAAGAUCAUUCCUUUUCAUCUAAGCUUGAUUUUCUUCUUAAACCAUCGAAAUUUACAUCGAAAUCUUCAAUGGAAGAAGAAGAAGAAGAACGUCCAAAAUCAGGUACACCAUUAAUUCAUGAACCUUCAUCAGCAAUAAAUAGUCAAAAUCGAAGUGAAGAUGAAAUUGCUACAUCUAAUGUUCAUUUCAGUUCAGUAAGAGAAUCUCCUAUAAAUACUUUAGGUAAUGGAGAUUUAAAUUUAUCAGCAUUUGGAGUUCCUGAUUCUUCUACCAAUAACAAAUUAAAAGCUGAUUCUAAUUUAGAAACUAUUCCAGGAAUUCGUAGACGAUCUGAAUCAAGAACAAGAGGUUUAACAAUAACUCCUAUUCAUUCAAAUGAGAAUGGUAAUAAUAAUUCUAAUGGUAUUAAGCGAGCUCUAAGUCCGGAUAUUGUUAAUCGACAAUUACCCCUUAAUAAUCAAUUAUCUACAGCCGGAAUUAAUGAAAAUAAAAAAGUAAGAAGAAAAUCAAUAACCACUAAUAAUAUAAAUAAUGGAAUUAUUACUACCAGUAUGAACUUAUCUAAUGAUUUAGUAAAAUUUAAAAGUAAUAAAACUGAUUCAAAAUCUAGAAGUGAAGAAACUGGUGAUAGUGAUAAUGAGUCAGGUGAAGAAUAUCUGUCUGAUCAAGAAGAUUUAGAUCAAAUUAUUGAUUAUUCUAAUCUUAAAUAUGCUUCAGCCAAGAGAAAUCUGGAUUUUCAUCAAAUUUUUAAGAAAUUACCUCCUAAUGAUCCAUUAAUUGAUGAUUUUAGUUGUGCAUUAUCUAAAGAUAUUUUAGUUCAAGGAAGAAUGUAUCUUAGUAGUCAUUAUAUAUGUUUCAAUUCUAAUAUUUUAGGUUGGGUAACAAAUUUAAUGAUUCCAUUACAAGAAGUUAUACAAAUUGAAAAGAAAUCAACAGCAGUAUUAUUUAAAAAUGGAAUGAUUAUUAGAACUUUACAUCAUAAACAUAUUUUUGCAACUUUUUUAAGUCGUGAUUCAACUUUUAAUUUAAUUACAACAGUUUGGCAUAAAGUGUUACUUGAAAAUUCUGAUAUUGAUCCAACUAAAUUAUUUAAUGGUAAAAGAAAUGGUUCUAAAUCUUCAUUAACAUCUAAAUCAUUUAGUCAUGAAAAAUAUGGUGAUGAUUAUUCUGUAGGAUUAUCUGAUGAAGAUGAUAGUAAUAUUGAUCAUGUUUUAAGUGCCCUGGAUGGUGAUCGAGAUAUUGAUGUAGAUGAUGAUGAUGAUGAAGAUUUUGAUGAUAGUAUUAAUUCCAUAUCUGUAAAUAAUGAUUUACAUCAUGAUCAUGAUAAUUUAGAUCAUAAUCAUGAUGGUAAAAAUGAUUCAGAUAAUGAUGAAUCAAGUCCUUCUGAAAAACACCAUUCUGGUAAUGAAGAGACUGCAAAUUCAGGUAAUGGUAAUGGUAAUGAUUUUAAAGGUUUACCAAGUGUAGGUCCAUUAAAUCAUGCUCCAACUGAAAAUGGAUAUUCUAAACAACCAAAUGAUACUUUUAUAACUGAAGAUACUUUAAGAGCUCCUGUAGGAGUUGUAUUUUUAUUAUUAUUUGGUGCUGAUACUUCUCAAUAUAUAAAGAUUUUAAAAACUCAAAGAAAUUUUGAUAUUGAAGAAGCUAAUAUAACGGAAUUAUCAACUAAGUCUAAACAAAGAAAUUAUACUUAUAUUAAACCAUUAUCAGGACCAAUUGGACCCAAACAAACCAAAUGUGUAAUUGAAGAUAAAUUGGUUGAGUUUCAACCAGAUAAAUAUAUCUUGGUAGAACAAACCACUCAAACACCAGAUGUUCCUAGUGGUAAUUCAUUUAAAAUUAUAACUAAAAUGUUUUUCAGCUGGGCCGAAAACAAUUAUACAAAACUCUAUGUUGUUACAACAAUUGAAUGGUCAGGUAAAUCAUGGAUUAAAGGAGCCAUUGAAAAAGGUAGUAUUGAUGGACAAAAGGAAUCUAUGAAGGUUAUGAUUGAUACAUUAAAUGAAAUCAUUUCUUCAGCUGGAGCUGGUGGAAAAUCUAAGGUAAGUAAAUCCAAGAAGAAAGGUGGUAGAAGUAGAAAGAAUACUGUUAUUAAACAACCAACAUUUGAAAAAUUAGCUCCUCCACCUCAAUUAGAAAAGUCAGCCAUUGAACAAUUCACAGCUUUUAUUGAUUCAUUAGGUAAAUUGAUUCCUAUACCAUUUGUAAGUUCAAGUAUGGUGGGAUAUAUAAUAUUUUUCAUUGGAUUCUUAAUAAUUUCUAAUAUGUUUCAUGGUAUUACUCAUAUUGGAUCAAGAUCUAAUGUGGUUAUACUUGAUAAUGAACAUAUUACAUCGAGAAUUAAGAUUAAUAAUGAUAAAUAUUUGGUUAUUCCAUCAGUUGAUACAUCACUUAAGGAUAGAAGAAUCAAAAUGCAAAAUGAAGUUGAAUUAUGGGAUUGGCUUAAUAAAGUUAGUAAUCAAAAGAUUAAUGUGAGUAGUGAAGAUAUUGAAGAAGAAGUUGUAGAGAAGAACAAAGGUACUAAAUUUGUUAGUCUGAAGUAUUCCAAACAAGAAGUAGAGGAGAUUAUGAGAUUAACUCAAUUGAAGUUAAAUAUGCUUCAUGAAAAGCUUCAAGCGCAAUAGUAAUUAGCAUAUUAAUUUAGUAGUACUUAGCAUAUUAAUUUAGUAGUACUUAGCAUAUUAAUUUAGUAGUAAUAGUAAUAACUACAUUGGUAGCGCUCCAACCUAG